UAUAAUCGGUGCACAAUUUUGGUCUUACCAAAGUGAAUAUAUUUGUAUGUUUGUCAUAUUUACAUGUGUAUGUACCUACUGCAUUGGCGCAAGCAGCGUACAAUAAGCGCAACUAUUGGUACAAUAGCGUCUGAGCGCGCGCUAGUUUUUCACGCGUAUAUAAAGUGAGCGUCCAUAGCUGAACAAGUCAGUCCCAACUUGGAUCUCGUUAUUGGCUAAACAAACUCUCAGUGUUAAUUUUCCUCUAUUGGACCGUUCAAACCGACAGCUCAACAAUGCGUUUGUUUGUACUCCCUUGUCUCGCCUUGUGCGUGGCAAUUGCCCAUUGUGCGCCAGCGUCCGAGAAAGCAGAAUCAUCUGCAGCGGAUAAUGCUGCAGCGGCAAGCGAGAACGAAGCAACCGAAGCGAAGGAUGAUAGUAAAACCGUCGAGAAGCGUGGUCUUCAUCUAGGCGAUUAUGGACAUCAUCAUCAUCAUGAACACAUUAAGACUAUUACGAUUGAGAAGAAAGUUCCUGUACCUUACACCGUUACCAAACACAUACCAUAUACUGUGGAAAAGAAAGUACCCUACGAGGUGAAGGUGCCUGUGCCCGAGCCAUACAUCGUGGAAAAGAAGGUACCCGUACAUGUGAAGGAAUACGUUAAAGUGCCCGUACAUGUGCCAAAACCAUAUAUUGUUGAAAAGAAGGUACCCUAUGAGGUGAAGGUACCAGUUGACAAGCCUUAUGAAGUGAAAGUACAUGUGCCACAACCCUACGAAGUCAUCAAGAAGAUACCCUAUGAGGUGAAAGUACCCGUGCCACAACCCUACGAAGUCAUCAAGAAAAUUCCUUAUGAAGUGAAAGUGGAAGUGCCCGUGCCAAAGCCUUAUGAGGUAAUCAAAAAGGUGCCGUAUGAAGUCAAGGUGCCCGUGGAGAAACCAUAUCCCGUCGAAGUGGAGAAACCAUAUCCAGUCGAAGUUGAAAAACCAUACCCAGUCGUUGUGGAAAAGAAGGUACCUUACGAAGUGAAAUAUCCAGUCGACAAACCCUACAAAGUCGAAGUUGAGAAACCUUAUCCAGUGCAUGUGAAGGUACCCGUGCCACAGCCUUACACUGUGGAAAAGAAGGUACCAUACACGGUUGAGAAGCCAGUACCAUACGAAGUGAAAGUGCCCAUUGAGAAACCAUAUCCCGUUUACUCGGAAGUGAAGGUGCCAGUGCACAAGGAAAUUCCCGUACCAGAAAAAUACCAUGUUGAAGUGCCAAUUUUCCACCACAAAGAAGAACACCAUGACUACCAUCAUCAUGACUAUCACCAUGACUAAAAUGUAAUGGAUAUAUUUCUUUAUAUAGCAAAGAUGACAAUUUUAAGACGGAGAAGGCUGAGUAGAUGUAAAAUGACAUAGUACGAGCAAAAUGGGUGAACACAGAACACAGUUGAAACCAAGGCAAACUAGUUAAAGACCACAGAAAAAAAUAGGAAUAAAUUGAAACGAAAUCAAAGCUGAUGAAAUUCGAGGAUUGCCACCACAGAUCGCGAAUACAAGUAGGAACAAAGGACGGAAAGGAUGAAGUAGUAGUAGGAAGGAAUAUAAAAAAAAAAAAUCAACUAAAACAAAUAACAUAACCACUCCGAUAGAUUCCAUCCGAAGGUAAACAAGAAAGUCCGCACGCAUUCAUGUUGAGCUGAACGGGAGUAACACCAAAACAACAACAACAACUUUAAAGAGGAUAUUAAUGAGUUAGAAAUUAGCACAAUAACGAGAACAAGGAGGACCGAUGGCCAGUUGGACGAGGAGAGGAGAGGACGAAGGACGAAAGUCGAGGAGGAGAGGAGGAGAGGAAGAAGUAGUCUAAUGGAAGGGGGGUUUAAUGGGGCAGCCAAGACUGUUGGAUGGACGCGAAGUGCGUUACCAACAAUUGUGGCUGUUUCGUUUUUUUUUCCAUUGUAUUAUAAGCCAAA